AUGGCAGGUCAAGCAGAGCUGCGACCACACUCAGAUUUCGCUCAGCGGACUAACAAUAGAUCAAAUAGCUUUGCUAAAGAUCUUGCACUGAUGGCGGUGCUAGAAGAUCUUCUUGACAUCCGCCAUGGUAAGGGGGUGGUAGGCAAAUGGUCAGCUGCCUGGUUCUGCUUGCGGGGGAGUUCCCUGGAGCAGUACCCUGCGGACAAUGGUCAGAAGCAGGGAAAUGAUCCCGUGCAGGUUUACAACCUUCUAGAGGUUCCAGACUUGACAUGGGAUGAUGCCCGCAAUGAGAUCACUUUCCAGUCGGGGAAGAUCCGACUGCGCAGCCUGCAGGGCAUGGCAACUCUUCAAAAGUGGUUUCAGCAGAUGCAGCAGGUUACGAAACCUGAAGAAACGCAGGCGGCAGCCGAAGCACCUGUGGAGAAGUCGGAGAAGCAGGCUCGCUUCGAGCCCCCGCCCCGGGACAGCCAAACGAGUCUCGAGGAGAAGAAAUCCCCGGCUUCUCCGCGCACGAGGAAAAGCUUUGCUGUGCAGAAGGCUGGGGAGCACGUGGAUCCGAAGCUCGCCUCGAGCAUGUCUCGGGCGACGCAGGCACUCCUCACGAUUUUCUACCAGCUGGAUCACCGACGUGCCUGCAGAGAGGAAGUUUUCGAGUUUGCCGCUGGGGAUUGUGUGGAAAUUUGGGAUUUGCACACUUUGCAGAAGCUGUCUGGUUACGAAAGGUACCAACCACAGCUUUUGAACUCCAAAGCCUCAGCCAGCAGCCAGCAGAUCCCCAACAUGCGAAAGACUUGCCGUGCUUGCCGUGGCUUGCGGUGCGAGAGCCAGCAUCACCUCAAAGACAGCCUGCAGGAACUGGACCGAGCCAUGAAGAAGGCAGCUCGAGGUGAAGACGUGCUGAUUGAGGAGGAGGUGGAACAGAUCUUGGACAAUGCAAUGCUGCAGGUCGAUACGGUCAUGCACAUCUCGAGCAUGAACGCCACCGAAGGGAUGUACAUCGCUCGCGCCCGAUGGAAAGGUGACGAUGGCAAAGGGCCCAAGACGGAUGCGCGGCCUGGAAGCAUGAGCGGACCUGCAGCCGAAGACUGUCCGAUCAGGCAGCAGCUAAAGCUCAUCGGGAAGAAGGACGUCAACGUCGCGGUCCUUAGCAUCAUUGGGAGGCAUGGCUCUGGCAGUGAGGAGGAACUGGUCGGAACAUGCGAAAUAGACGUCCAGGAUCCGAAGCAUCACGAAGUUCACAUUCUCCCACUGCUCAAGGAAGGCGAGUCGACUGGGGCGACUGUGCGCUUGCGAGUGAAGCUGAAAUCUCCUGAGAUUGGAGCUUUGCGGAAGCAGGCCUCCCAGGUGUCCCUGGCCCGGUCGGAUUCACACAUUGCAUCCAUCGGGUCGCCCCGACAGAAGAAGGACCCGGAAGAGACGCAGAAACGUCUGGACCUCCUCCACCAGCUUCACGCGGACAAGCAAAAGCGGCUAGAGGAGCGACGGCUGCGAGAACAAGAAGAGUAUGCGAGCCGACUGCAAGAGGAGGCCCAGAAGCUCAGGAGCAAGAGCGUCAAGCAGGCGGAUCUUUGUCCCCGUGCUGCGGCUCGCCAGCGCCGGCGUCGUGAGCAUCAGCUGAACACCUACCACGAGGACGAGCAGGUCAUCCUACGCUCCAAGGAGGCGCGGGGCUUCCACGGAGCUGGAUUGAGGUUGGGCUUUGAGGUUUCCUGA